AUGGCCAACAACACUCUUAAUCCACUCAACCCCUCUAUCAACUUAAUUCCCAAACUUGAAGAUACAAAUUUUUUUGAAUGGAAAAGAACCAUCACCGGGCAUCUCACCGCGAUGGGGAAACUCAAAUAUAUCAAAAGCGAAGUGGUCAGACCAGAAGACGAUGCCGCCGCCGAAAUUUUCAUUCAAGAACGUGCUCAAGUUUUGCAAGCCAUACGCCUGACUAUCAGCAAAGAGAAUCGAUCCGCCAUCAUCCACUUUGAUGAUCCUCACUGUGCCUUCAAGGCUCUCGAAGAAAAGCACGGCAGCAAUGAUGCUUUCAUGAUUGCUAGCACCAUCGCUGUAAGACUCAAAAGUGGUUGUGAGAACCCUUUUGCUGAAUGGAGAAGGGUAUGGUGGAGUUGCAAACUCUGCCCUUCUAUACUAUCAGAUAACAAGACCCACCAAGCUUAG